CGCAGCCAAUGGGCGCGGUGGAGCGGCUCGAGCGCGGCUGACGCUGCACCAAUGGGCGUCCGCGGGGGGCGGGGGCAGCGGAGGAGACACUAUUGUUGAUGAGGAGGAGCAGCGGCGGCGACGGCUGCACCACCUCGUUGCUGCCGGCCGCGGCCCGGCCGCCCCUUGCACCCCCGGAUUCCGGCUUCGUCACCCCGUCGCGGGGGCCUUCCCGCCGGCCUCGAGAAUCUUCCCCCUGCAACCCAACAACAACAAAGCCCCCCCAUCCCCCCGUCUCGCCCAGUCACCAGGGAGGGGGGACCAUGUCCCAGCGGGUGCGGCGCAAUGGGUCCCCCACGCCGGCCGGCUCCCUCGGGGGCGGUGCGGUCGCCCCGGCCGGGGGAGCUGGGAGUCGCCUGCAGCCCAUGAGGGCGACGGUUCCGUUCCAGCUGAAGCAGCAGCAGCAGCAACAUGGCAGCCCCACGCGGAGCAACGGCGGCGGCGGCAACAACGGCGGCGGCUGCUGCGGUGGCGGCUCAGGCCCCUCGGGCGGCGGCGGCUCAGGCGGCGGCGGCUCGGGCGGCGGCGGCUCGGGCGGCUCAGGGCCCCGCACCGCUUCACGCAGCACAAGCCCCACGCGCGGCGGCGGGAGUGCGGCCGCGCGGACCAGCCCCACGGUGGCCACGCAGACGGGCGCGUCCGCGACGUCCACGCGAGGCACCAGCCCCACGCGCGGCGCCGCGCCCGGGGCUCGCGGGAGCCCCCCACGGCCGCCGCCGCCGCCGCCGCUGCUGGGUACGGUGUCGUCGCCCAGCUCGUCGCCCACCCACCUGUGGACAGGCGAGGUGAGCGCGGCCCCACCCCCAGCCCGCGUCCGGCACCGGAGAAGGUCCCCGGAGCAGAGCCGGAGCUCCCCGGAGAAGAGGAGUCCGAGCGCCCCGGUCUGCAAAGCAGGUGAUAAAACACGACCGCCUUCUUCAAGUCCUUCUAGUAUUAUUCGCCGCACUUCCUCCCUGGAUACACUCGCUGCUCCAUACCUUGCAGGGCACUGGCCUCGUGAUAGUCAUGGACAGGCUACACCUUGCAUGCGGGACAAAGCUACACAGACAGAGGCUGCGUGGGCUGAAGAAUAUUAUGAAAAGAAGAAAGGGUCUCAUAAACGGUCAGCUUCAUGGGGCAGUACAGAUCAACUUAAGGAGAUUGCAAAAUUGCGCCAGCAGUUGCAGAGAAGUAAACAUAGCAGUCGGCAUCAUCGAGAUAAAGAACGACAGUCUCCAUUCCAUGGCAACCAUGCAGCUAUUAACCAGUCUCAGGCUCCUGUUCCAAAGAGUGCACUUAUUCCAGUACUUCCCAUCACAAAAUCGACAGGCUCUCGGUUCCGGAAUAGUGUGGAAGGUUUGAAUCAGGAGAUUGAGAUAAUAAUUAAAGAGACUGGGGAAAAGGAAGAACAACUUAUACCACAGGAUAUUCCAGAUGGCCAUCGUGCCCCUCCCCCACUUGUGCAGAGAAGUAGCAGCACACGCAGCAUCGAUACACAGACACCUGGUGGCGCAGACCGGGGAAGCAACAAUAGCAGCCGCUCUCAGUCUGUGUCUCCCACGUCGUUCCUCACCAUCUCCAAUGAAGGUAGUGAGGAGAGUCCUUGUUCCGCUGAUGACCUGCUUGUUGAUCCCAGGGAUAAAGAGAAUGGAAACAACUCUCCUUUACCCAAAUAUGCAACUUCACCAAAACCUAACAAUAGUUACAUGUUCAAAAGGGAACCUCCUGAGGGCUGUGAAAGAGUCAAAGUCUUUGAGGAAUGCUCGCCAAAACAGCUUCAUGAAAUCCCAGCCUUUUACUGUCCUGACAAAAACAAAGUGAAUUUCAUUCCUAAAAGCGGCUCUGCUUUCUGCCUCGUCAGCAUCCUCAAGCCACUCCUUCCCACACCAGAUCUUACCCUCAAGGGCUCUGGCCACAGUCUGACAGUCACCACUGGCAUGACAACCACUCUGCUACAGCCAAUUGCUAUGGCCUCCCUGUCUACAAACACAGAGCAGCAAGACCGGGUCUCUCGAGGAACAAGUACAGUCAUGCCAUCAGCCUCUCUCCUUCCACCCCCAGAACCAAUUGAGGAAGCUGAAGGGUAGGCCCCAGUGCUGUGUGUCCAAUGUCCUGGAAAACUGAGAACCUGCUCAGACCACUUGACUGUAACGGCAUCAUGCACUCCCAGUUGGCUGUGAUGUGUUCCAGCUUGCCACAGUGUGGCUUCUGGAAGAAAGCAACCCCUCUGAAGGCUCUGCCCACUCAAGAAAGCCAGUCCUUAGUGCUUAGCCUGCUUUUUCUUUAAGCACUGAUCAGAACAAGGAGAAUCUCUUUACUUUUGGAGAGCUGAGUAUUCCAUUGUUGGUUUUUGCUUUGUUUCAUGAGACUUCUUAAGAGAAAAACAAACUGACCCCUGCAAACCUGAUUCCUGAAGGGAGACGUGAAUGAUGCUGCAAGAACCAUCUUUUAUAUGAAAAUGACUAUUUUAUAAUACCAAUGUUACAUUUUCUGAAACGUAGCAAACAGGAUGUUCAAAAGAUUCUUUGGUGGCCUCUGUUUCUUGUUUCCCUUUUAGAUACGUGCUUUUCCAGCUGUUCUCAGCAUUGGGACCAAAGGGAUUGUUGACAUUUUCCCAGCAAUCUUAAUCUUAUGACUAUGUUCUUCUCCCAAACAAGAAUUGAUAGGUAAAUGCAUUGAAUACGUAUAUAUAUAAAAAAAAGAGAGAGAGAAAGCAAUAUUAGUACAUUAUGUGAUUUAUGUUUUUUGCUGUUCAAAGUUUGUGCAUUGGGUGAAAUUGUAAAAACUGCUGUUUCUCCUGUACACCUUUCGCCACGUGGUCAGAAAAAUUGUAGUCUGAAGACAAAUGCUUUAAUGUUCUCACUCGUCAUUGGAACUUGGUGAAUGAGUCAAAAGGAAACUACCCAGUGUUGAUUGCUAAGAGUAAAGAGCCCCUUUGGUUUUCUGUGAAAUAAUGAUCACAUGAUCUCCCUUCUUUACUACAGGUGUCAUUCUAUCUUGAAUCAUCACUGUAUCAUAGUCCCAAGAGAUCCUAAGAUGGCUAUGCAUGGAUUUCCUCCUUUGCUUUUGUGAUGUUGUUGUCUUGUGGAUUUGGUCAGGGUUAGUAGUUUGCCAGGAGUGUAAUCCAUUGAAUAGCGAUCCGUAGACACAAAAUCUUGCAACUGACGUUUUCUUUAUGGUGCUUGGCACUGAGAUGUUUUGCCUACAAAUACUGCUAAUUUUCCUUCCGAUAUACAUGGUGGGGAAAGCAGACAAGAAGAGCUUUGGAGCAGAAUUAGUAUGAACACUUGAAAGAUCUAUAGAGUUUUAGAUUUGGGCUCAUCCUAAUACAGAUUACUGCCAGUAUCAUAUGGCAACAGUAUUUCCUGUUACAGUUUGUGGUGGUAAAACUAAGGAACAAUUCUUUUUAAUAAUGAGUUUUAGCAAGUGGUGUUGAUCAAGAGCAUCUUUCUGAGAUCUUCAUAUCCUAUGUUAUGAUACAAUAAUUUAAUGUUCCUGUUCGUUCCAUAGGGAGAAAAAAAUUAAUGCUUACGAAAGGGAUACAGUUUAGAAAGUUACCAUGUUAGUUUGUCCAGAUAUAUUCCAUAAGAGAAUGUCUACUGGUAGCGUAAAUCUUCUAAAAGGAUUUCUUAUACUCAUGCACCUUUAAGACAUCUAAAUAAUUGAAAAUAUUCCCUGCUAGGUUUAAAAUGAAAUUGUCUUUAAAACAUUCCAAAUUAAAAUGUUUUCAUCUAUUGCAUUUCAUUUGAUAGAACUCAAGAGUUUUGGUAUCUUUUCUGUUCAAAACUAAUUUAACUGGACAUUGUGGUUUCAGAAAAAUCUUAGUUACUCAGAGUCUAAAUUUUCUGCUUGGUUAUAUUUUUGAGAAUUUUUAAAAUUUUUUUGCCUUCUUUAUUAGGCCACUUCACUAUUGAUACUGCUUUAUCAGAAUUAGAAUAAAAAGUAAAAUUGAAGUCAGGUACAUUGAUACAAAUGGUAGAGGAGGAAGUUAAAAUCAGAGUUCAAAGAAAAUCCUGGUUGGGGAUUCCCUGAGUUUUGUUGUAUCUGUUCUUUUCCUUGCCUUAUACUGACUUUUAUCUCCCACAAAUCACAAAGGCAUUUUACAUCUGAAUACCCCUUUGUAAACAGUUUUUCCUUGUACUACAUAUGUUGUUCAUAUUUGUCACAUCUUUCUGUGGAGUUUCAUAUAACUUUAUAAAGUAAUUUAAAAUGGAAUGGAAGAACAAGUUUAAGGUAAUAAGUCUAUAAAUGGAACUUUAAGUUUAAUGUUUGGUUGUAGGAAAAUGUGAGUUUGCAGGCAAAUACAACAACCAAAUGUAUCCCUUGGUUUGGGGAAAAAUGGAGACUCGAGGAAAAAUGUACAAGGUACAAAUAAUUCUUAACUGCCAGUGCCAAAGGGCUAAUUUUUAAGCAUAUAAGCUUUAUUGCAGUCUUGAGAAAAUAUUACUAUAGAUCCAUUCAGCUCUUAAUCCUUAGUAGUUUACAGGUUUUUUUUUUAAUAAGUCAACUCUCAGUAGAAUGCAUAAUAUUCUUUUCUAAAAUUACAUUCCAUAAUUAUCUUAUUCUCUGGAAAAAUGUACAGAAGGUAAAUUAAAAUAGCUUCAAAGGGAAUAUAAUUUAAAAUUUUUAAAUAAAUGUAUUUCCAUUGUAAUGAAGUGGGGAUGGGGAUAAACAUGUAUAUUUCAGCCAAAAGAGCUAUUCUUUGGUUAUUUAUUUUGUCAGAUUCAAGAUAAUUUUCUCCCUUACAUAGUUCCUUCUUUGUGGUGAUAAAUCUUGAGUAAAUUUACUGUUUCUGCUCAUGACUAAGCUCUAAACCUCCUCAUGACUUUCAUAAACUGUAUGUUUAUAAAAUAUCCUCUUUGCUGCUUUGGUUAAUAUGGUGAGCAUGGAUGCCAAAAUAAGUUUUAAAUUAUAUUCUUUCAUUUUGUUUAAAAUGUUUCUUACAUAUAUAUAAAAAGCCAAAUCAACCUUUUAGAAGGUGCUAUUGCUAACUGGGGAGGAACUGGCAACAAAACAGUUUUCUUUUUUUUUAAUGGUUGGCUUUUACUAAAAGAAAGAUAUAGAAUUUAUAGCUUUCUUUUUGUCCAAAAUUAGGACUGGGUUGUCAAUAUUUUUGUUAUAGGAAAUAAAAUUGCCACUACUGAAUUUAACUCUUCUAAACUUAAAUUCAUUCCUUAACAUUUAGAAUUUUGAAAUCAGACCAAUUGGAAGUGCUGAAUUUGUAUUUUAAGAGAUAAGAAUACUUAACUCCGCACUUUAAGGUUAAGUUAUACUCUGCCUAAAUUAAUGAUAAGCAGGGCAGCCCUGAACAAUAUUUUGUUUACACAAUCCUGUUAGGGAAUAUAAUUUAUGGGUUUUUUUUAAGUCUGUAUCUUUCAUCUCUGUUGAAGUCCUGUAAAUCUUUUUCAAUGCAGUUAAAACAUUUUUUGUUGUUUUUCUGAAAAAUAAUUCCCAAGAUGGCAUUUCCAAUGGUGAUAAAUACUGUUACUAUGUAUUAUGUAUUCCCUGUAUCUGAACACUUGUUGCUGCCUCACAAGAAAAUAGAACUUUUAUGUUAAAAAUAAAGUCUGUUCUUCUUGA